AUGUCGGUGAAUCUACAAGAUGGCAGCGCUGAUUCCGGGGCAGAUGCUGGCAUCAGCUGUGCGAAGGUGUUUUCGUGCCAUCAUACUUCCUGGUCCGUUCAUUCGUCAGUUCCCUUGGAGCUGUUGGAGAUUCCGUCAACGAAGAACCACACGGCCACACCCGUGGGUAGUGAGGUCUAUGUCUUCGGAGGCUACGACGGCCAGAAGAAUCACAACGAGCUCUGCAUCUUUGACCUUCAGUCCAUGGAGUGGAGGCAGCCGUCGGUGGGUGGACAGAAGCCAAGUGGAAGGAACGGGCACUCGGCAACCCUCCUAGCCGGAGGGGCGCAGAUCCUGAUCCUGGGCGGUUGGUUGGGCAACGGGCCACUCGCUGCAGGCGACAUGCACCUGCUGAACUUGGAACCCUUGAAGUGGGUGCCUCCGCGCUUCACCGGCGAGCCGCCUGGGCCCUGCAACAUGCACACGGCCGACUUGGUUGCGCGAAAGCUCCUGGUCUUUCGGGGCGGCGACGGUCGUGCGUAUUUGAAUGAUCUGCAUGGCUUGGACCUGGAUAGCAACAGCUGGUUUUCUGUGAAGACCUCGGGCGAGCAGCCGCCUCCGAGGGCGAAUCACGCCUCGGCAGUGGACGAUUACAGGCUUUACAUCUUCGGUGGCUGGGAUGGCACAAAGCGAUUGAACGACCUCUAUGUGCUGGACAACAGAGACAGCGUGUGGACAAUGCUCAAGCCGACGGGUUAUGCCCCACAGGCCCGUGCUGGGAUGACGCUUUCCAUCAUCCGGGAUUGCUUGUACUUGUUCGGUGGCUCGGGCCACACCACCCGCUGCUUUAACGACGUGCACGUCUACGACCCAGAGGAGCAGGCGGAUGCGACGUUGGGCCGUGGCGGCUGGGCUUGGCAGUUGCCUGUUUUGCAGCAGGCUUGGUUCCUCUGUGUACAGUCGCCCUCCGAGAGUGUCGAGGCGGUUCCCCUCUACUUGGCAGCGCUCCUCAUGCCGAGCAUCCCGGAGAUCUUCAAGAUGAACUCCGGUGACCCGGAAGACGAGGCUGCAGAAGAGCCCUGUGAGGACGUGGAACAACCGAGCCUCGAGGAGUCGGACCACCAGGUCGAGAUCGAGAACGGCCCGCCACGAACCUGUAUGGGACUUACCUCUGCAUGGCUUGCGAAGGAACUGAGUUUUACUCGUGCCGCCAGCCCCACCGAAGAGUCACAGAGGAUGGACGAUGGCGACAGCCCACCAGGACAGCACAAGGCGCUCUCGAGACGACAGAGGCGACGACAGCGGCUGGAACAGCAGAAAGCCGGCGGACCUCCAGGUCCUCCAAGCGAGCCCGACACCCACAGCGAGAACCCCGAGUCCGACUACUACCCGGACUUCCCUGAAGACCUCGUGCCCUGCCUCUCCACCUUCUUCUUUCGGACCUACCGGAGGGGCACGACCGACAGCACCACCGAUGGCAUCUUCGACUGGACCGGCCCUUCCGAAGGCUACCGCCUUCCCGGAGGGCAGACAGGCAGCCAGCCCCUUACACCUCGAGUCCUCGAGCUCUACUACGUGGAAGUCGAAGAUGGGACCGGAAAGGGAGUAAAGUGGCGCGGGGGCACGCCACCGCAGCCGCCAACCUGGCGAUAUGAUCACCAAGAUCCCCGGGCAUACUCCAAGUAUGCUAAGAAGGUGGCGCUAUGGCGCAUACAGGUGGCUUCGUACAUGUCACCGCGCGAAGCAGCGCUUCUCCUCUACACGAGCCUCACCGGGGAAGCGGAAACCGAGUUAGAACACGCCCCCAUCGAGUCGAUCAACACCGACUCCGGGAUAGACUUUAUACUGGAGACGCUUCGGACACCUAUGGAACAAAAGCUUGUGUUUCAAAAACGCAAGUUUCUCAACGAGUACGAGAACAUCCAGCGGCAGCCCAACGAAGCUCUCCGGGCCUACUCGAACCGCUAUCGGCGUGCCGAGAGGAACCUGCGCGCCGUCGGCAUCGAGGUGGCCCAGAUGUACGACGACGACAGCCGUGGCAAUCGCCUCCUCGAUCGUGCUCGUUUGUCCCCUGCCGACCAGCGACUCAUUUUGGUCGGAAGCCGCUACAGCCUUGCCUUUGAGCAGAUCGCCGAGUCGAUGCACAUGCAGUACCCGGAGUUCAAGGCGGCCCCGGCGAUCUUCGGCAGGGACGGCCAGCCCUUGAACCGCAAGGGCGACGGAAAGGGCAAAGACGGAGCAGCAGCGCACCCAGCGCCCUGGCAGAGCAGCCGUCCUCCGAAGGGCGGACACGGAGGCAAAGGAGGCGCGCCUCGGCGCGUUUACCUCACCGAGCAGGCCGAGGAGAACGCGCUUGACGACAUCCCCGAGGAGCACACGGCCGAGGCGGAGCCGGACGAGCCGGACGAGGAGGACGCCGUGACCGAGGAGGCCCCCCCGGACGAGUCGGAGACGGAUGCUAUUGCCCAGGCGGCGGAGGUGCUCACGGUCACGGCCAAGAAGCUGAGCGGCAUGAAGCUCGGACGGAAAUUUUCCGGUCAGCCGAACAAGGACGUGGCCGCACAGAAGCGCACCACCCAUUGCGCCGUGUGUGGCCAGCUGGGUCACUGGAAGGGCGAUCCAGCCUUCUACAUGCGGGAUUUUGGCUCGCUCGAGGUGACGGAUGCCGAACCCCCGGAGGAAACCUACGGCUCGGUCUUCCAGAUCAACGUGGUGUUUGACAUCCAAGCAGAUGUGCCCCUCGAGCCCGGCUUCCAAGACCUGAUGAUCCUGGACACGGCCUGCCAGAGGACCUGCUGUGGCCUUGACUGGGCCAAGGAGCACACCGAGCGGCUGCUAGAUUUUGGUCUGAAGCCUCGCACCAUAGCGUGUGCCGAUGCUUUUCAGUUUGGGGCAGGCCGGCCGAUUACCGCCCGGACCCGCACCUACUUUCCCACGGGACUUGGAGGAGCUGACCUCCUGAUCGCAGCCGGCACCCUCGAUGCCAAAAUUCCUUUGCUCGCUUCCAAUAGGCUUCUUGAUGCUCUGGGGAUGGUUCUAGACAUGCCGAACAGCAGCAUGACCUUCACCAACCUGUGUGUGACAGGCAGCCCUAGUUGGAGAGCCUUGCAAGACGGUGUUGAUUGGAACGACCCUCCACCAGAGCUUGUGGUUCAAGGAGAUCUAGGUGCCGCGAUCCUCGACUUCAGGAAGAACUUCUUCGUGACCCUCACCACGGCCGUUCGCCUCGGCAUGAUCCCGGACACCGUCUACGAGGCGGUGCCGCCAGAGCUGGACACCCGGUUCGCACAUCCGGCCGGGACGUGCCCACACCCGGACUAUGUCCGCUACGGAAACGCGUACGGGAAGUUCGCCCGCUGCAAGCAAUGCCUUCGACUGCAAGCUGCUCGAUUCGCGGCCGCCCUUGCCGUCUUCCUCCAAUACUGUGCCUCGGGCUUCAGCGGCGGCAGCAUCGAGCCUGUCCCGGCCUACCAGGACGGCUUCCCUCUCUGCAGCAACCCCCAAGAGAUCCGCGACGGCGAGGCGUUCUACACGUCGGGCACGGCCAAGCAGCGGCAGCGAGAUGGAGAUCGACCCCUGGCGGCUGAUCAACGAGGAGACGGACUACAACUGGGAAGAAGUCGAAGACUAAAGGGCGACUGGAAGAGGUCGGCCAAAAUUUUGGAGCGCGAGGUCGGGAUGUACAACAACCAGCCGAGCGCGCAGGAGCGUGCGCCACACACCGUGGACCUCUUUGUGAUCUACCCCGACCGCUUCGACAUCCAGACCGCCGCGGCCGAGCUCGAAAUGACCUCGACCAUGCUCCCACUCACCAUUGGGGAGCGUCUUCCUGGCGAUCCUUCUGCACGACAACACGCACACCGAGCACUACGGCGGCUUCGGCCACACGUUCUCUACCUCUCCUUUCUGGACCGCGCCUUCGGCAACGACGAACGUGGCUUUGUGGAGGAGCUCUUCAAGGAGCAGACGGCCUCCGGACGAGCCGUCGUGAUGCUGGGCCCGGCCGGACCUAGAAUGAAAACCCUCGGGCAACAACCUGGCGCAAAUACUUGCAACUUCGGGGAUGGCCCCGGCGAGACGACUCUGAUUACAACCGUGCCGGGGGCGACCUCAUGGUUCUCUACGGCAUCCCCGCGCAACCUCGACCGCAAGGGCUUUCUCGACCCCCUCCUGGGCAUGAUUCGGAACUAUGUGCGCAGCCGCGACCCAAGCCGCUUCGGUAUCUACCAGGCCUUUGUGACCUACCGCAGCCCGGUCACCCGUCUUGAGGAGUGGGACGAGAUUGCCGAGACACUGGCUAGGUCCUUUGGAGCACCCGGCACCCGACCUUUCUACAUCGACCCGGGCAGCGAGCUUGGCCGCAACGUGGCAGACCUUUUUCGCAUCAAGCUCGAAAAGGCCCAGGCCGUGCAAACGCCCUCUCAGAGGCGGCUUCCUCAGGACGUGCCGUUCACGGCCCGCGGCGCCUUCCUGGUGCACAACGACGGCACCAAGACUAUUGAGCUCGAGGACCUGAGCCUGGUGCACCAGCCCAAGCAGCGAUUCGCCAAGCCCGUCCGGUACGGUCUGCUUGUGUACGGGCACUUGAUACCUGAGGAAGAGUCGCAAAAGACGGCAGAGCCGGGAGUUCCAAUCUCUGGGCUGCCGACCGACGUCUCCUUUCCCGGCCUCUCGAACCAGGUGCCGGUCGAAGUUCGGCGGUCUAUCGCGAGAGCCCAUAUCAACAUGGGUCACCCCACGGCCGAGGAGCUGAUUCGGAUGGCCAACGCGGCAGGAACGCCGAGCUCAAUGUUUAUCGAGGCGAUCCGCAAGCUCGAGUGCGCUACCUGCUCCCGGUUGAAAGGACCUCAAGCACCACGACCCGCAGCCUCAACAAUAACGGCCACUCAGUUCGGCGACCGGGUCGAGGUGGACAUGUUCUACCUACGGGACCUCCAAGGCAGGAGCUGCAUGGUGCUUGGUGCCGUGGAUUCUGCCACUCGUUUCCACCAGGCCGCCGUCCUCAAGAGCCGGGACCCGGAGGAUGCUUAUGAAGCGCUGGAGGCAAUGUGGCUCCGGCCCUUUGGGCUGAUGGUGCAGAUUGGCCUGGACCCUGACACCACCUUCCAGGGAGCUUUUCAGGAACGACUUCGCUCCCGCGGCGUCAUGGUCGACUACUGCCCGGCCGAGGCACAUUGGCAGAUUGGACAAGUGGAACGCCAGAACGCUUUCCUUCGGACCGUGCUCGAGAAGCUCGUGGACACCUUUGCCGCCGCCGGUGUGGAGGACAUCCGUCUUCUACUGGCACCAGCCCUCCACGCGGUGAACAGCAUGACUCUGAGCCGCGGGAGGUCAGCUUUCCAGGCAGUGUUUGGCCGAGUGCCCAGGCUCCCCGGCGGGCUGUUCACUGACUACAACAGCCUCACCACGACGCCAACGGAUGACCCGGCGGCAACUGCCGAAAUUAUUCGAUCGGAAGCUCUGAAAACUAUAUGUGAUAUGAAUGUGCGACAAAGUUUUCGGCGAGCUCUGUUGCGCAAGACGCAAAAUACCAAGGGGGAUGGAUCACUGCACGAUUCCUCUCCUGGGACCCCGCGGCCCGCAGCGCCCACCAAAAUGGCUUGGGUCCGAUCCGGCACGACCACGGCCCUGGUGGCAGUGGAACAGCUCAGGGCAGCGACCGGCUUCGAGGCGUGGCUUCCUACCGAGCCAGACGUGGCCGCGUUGAAAGACGCGUCCCAGAAGCUUGACCAAAGCUUGUGGGCGGAUGAGUCAGGACCACCUCCUUCGGCACGAGACCAGCUGAACCCAGAGGCGGAUUUCGAGCAAGAUGUUCCCAUGAUGGACAGGGAUCGGGAGCUUACCGCGGCACUAGCCUCGGCUCCGACACCGCCGGUGGUCCCGACUACCUCGCCUACGACCCCUUCGGCGCCACUUCAGCCUCAGACCAACGUGCGGGUGGAGAUGCACGAUCAGAGCUUCACUCGUUCCGACACCUUGGUGUACCAACCCACGGUGCAGAACACUUUUGUUCGUAACACGGCCAGGAACGUCUGCGCCAAGGACGCCUGGAACCCCGUAGAGUCUGCGACGAACCCGCCAGAACCACAACAGCUACCAGAAGAACUUCCAGAACCUCCUGUACCUCCUGUUCCUGUGACGCCACUUGAGGUAGGCUGGGAGUCUGCACCCUUUGAGUCUGCGGGGUACGACACCGACUUUGAACCUGAAGUGCCACUACCAGAGCAACCGGAACAGCGACAGCAACCUGCCGGAGUACCACAACAAGAGCUCGAGCCGCAGGCACUCUCAAGCGCGCCCCAAGCCGCAGCAGGGAGCGCUCGUGACUCGUCCGACCGGCCACCCACGACACCAGUGACAAGUGGGCCGUCGACUCCAAGUGUGGAACCGCCGGGGUUGCUUCCAGCCAAGAGGACCUUCGACGCGCUGACCACGCUCUUCUUCGACGAGGACGUCCUUUACCACCGAGUCCCAGGGGACGAGCUAGCCGAAGGACACGGACCGAUGCCUCACCGGGCCUAUGAGGCCUACCUUAGCUCCGAGCACCGGGCCGACGACCUUCACAACGACACCAAGGACCCCCGCGAGAGCGACACCAGCGACACAGACUGGGAGGAUCAGCCACCCGGGAAGAAGCACCAAGGAAUGACCCGUGCAGAGGCCAAGGCUCUCGAUCGAGAGAUCCCCUGGCGCAAGAUCCUCGAGCUCGACCAGCCCGACAUCCAGGCCUAUGUCAAGGCAGUGGAGAAGGAGGCAAAAAGCUGGGAGGAAUGGGGUUCAGUCAAGGCCCUGUCCCACCAGGAGGCACACAGGAUACUUCGUGACCGUAUCCUGAGCAAGCGCGUCCUGAGAACCCGGAGUUGCUUUCGGGACAAGAGCAAGGGGCUUGGCGAGCUUCGUGCCAAGUGUCGCGUUGUAGCGCUCGGACACAAGGACCCGGACAUCUACAAGCUCAACCGCGAGUGUGUGACGCCGAACCGCGUAUCUGAGCACGUGCUCUUCAUCAUCCUCGUGUCCGGCAGCAACGGCGAGUUCGGCGAGAACAAGAAACGAUGGUCCGGAUGGUCCGGAGACGCCUCCACGGCCUUUCUGCAGGGGGACAUCUCUUCAAGUGAGAGAGACAUGCCGCUCUACUUGCUCCCUCCCUCGGACGGGGUCACUGAACUCACCUCGUGCUGGAAGGCCCCGCUCUACCUCGUGUGCACCAACGUCUACGGCUUGAGCAACGCGCCCCGACUGUGGUCACUCACCGUAAUCAAGAGGCUCUGCGACCUCGGCUACCGCCAGCACUCGUUCGACAAGAUGGUCUUUGUUAAGUUCGAUGCGGCGGACCAGCUGGUCUCCAUCAUCAUUGUCUAUGUGGACGACUUCCUCGGCGCCUACCGCUCCGACUAUAACGUCGACGAGGUGCACAAAGCUUUCAAGUGGGGCUCUCUGGAAACUUUUCGGCCAGGCCAGGCUGUGACCUUCAAAGGGAAGCAGAUCACCCUGCGCCAACGGGCCAACGGCCGAUGCUACCUCCAUGUGUGCCAGAAGGAGUUCAUCGAGGGCAUGACUUCCGGCAAGAUCCCUCGAGGCGCCGAUCCUGACGCUGUUUUAUCUACCGAGCAGCGAGCUGAGUUUCGCAGCGUCACUGGCUGCCUGCAGUGGAUCUCCGGACAAAGCCGCCCGAAAUCUCCGCGGUCAACAGCCUGUCGAACCACAGAGGCCAGACCACGCUCAACGACCUUCGCUCCCUCUACCAGGCAGUCGACUUCGCGAAGGCGACUCAAGAGAACGGCUUUGAUCCCCGACGUUCCCGUCAACAAGGCCAGCGUGGUUUUGAGCUUCAGUGACGCAAGCUGGGCCAAUGCCGAACACUGCCGAUCUCAGUGCGGCGUACUCGUUUUGCUCUGCGGGCCUACUGUCUUGCAGCGGCCAGCACCUGCUAUGCUCUUGGACUGGCGUUCUUGCAGGUCCACGCGGGUCUGCCGAUCUACCCUGGCAGCCGAAGCUUCAGCUUCAGAUGAAGGAUGCGAUCGGGCGGCCUACGUGAACUUGCAAGGAGCUGCAACAGUCGCUGCACGAAUGGUUGCAGCAACCGCGGGUGACACUGCGGAAGGUCUCAUAACCAACAAAAGACUUUAA